AUGCAGUUCAAAUAUCUGGAAGUGGAGCUGUCGAGUGGUGAUGGCGUUGAGAAGGAGGUGGGAGAACAGGUAGCGAAAGCAGCAAAGAUAGCUGGAUGUCUUAGUCGAACAAUAUGGUGCAACAAAAAUAUGAAAACUGAGGUCAAAUCCAGAAUAUACAAGGCGGUUAUAAGACCAAUCCUGACAUACACCGCCGAAACAAGGCCAGAAACAGCGAAGACCAAACGCUUAAUGGAGACAACAGAGAUGAGAGUGUUGAGAAGAAUUGCGGGCAAAACACUCAUGAACAGAAACACGAGCGAAAGCAUAAGAGAUGCAUGCGGGGUGGAUAAUGUGAAUUACUGGGUACUAAAACGGCGAAAAGAAUGGGAUGAACAUAUUAGCAGAAUGGAUGAGGGAAGAGUGGUAAAGAUAGCUCGAGAUAGAUCUCCAAGGGGACGCAGAAGUUUGGGGCGACCCAGGAAAAGGUGGAGUGAUGGCCUGAGGGGUGAUGACUGA